AUUUCAUCUCUUUCAGUACAAGAAGUAAGAGAGAAUAAAAACAAAACACAAGCAAACAGCCUUCUUCUUGGAAGAAUCUGGACUUGAGAAAUGCACUGUUCCAUCUGGUCACUAUUUGAAUUUUAUAAUACCUGUGACACUGAGUCACCUUGUCCUAUCAGGAAACAGAAGAGCUAUAAAUCACCCUCCAGUGAAGAACCCUGGUCACUUCCACAGCCACCUGAAGAAGAACAGAAGAAACUCCUAACCUUCCUGGAAACAAAAGAGAUGAUUCUGCCAGUGGUGUUCCUGUGUCUCGCAGCUGUGCUGCCUCUGUCUGCUGGAGAGGAACCUGAAAGUUUCCAUGCUCUGUCAACAAGCAGACCAGAUCAGCAAAAGGUGAUUGUUGACAAACAUAAUGCUCUCAGGAGACGAGUAAGGCCAACUGCCAGCAACAUGUUGAAGAUGGUAUGGAAUAUUCCAGCUGCAGUGAACGCCCAGAAAUGGGCCAAUCAGUGUACUUUAAGUCACAGUCCUCCUAACUUGCGGAAAACCAAUGUACAAUGUGGUGAAAAUAUCUUCAUGUCCACCGGCCCUUUCUCAUGGGAAAAUGUUGUUCAGACCUGGUAUGAUGAGGAGAAAGAUUUUGAAUAUGGAAUUGGAGCAAAAAAAGAAGGUGCCGUGAUUGGCCAUUUCACUCAGGUGGUUUGGUGGAAUUCUAAGGAAAUUGGAUGUGCUGUUGCUUACUGUCCCAACCAUCAAUACAAAUACUAUUAUGUCUGCCAGUACUGCCCCAUGGGGAAUCUACGAAGUUCAAUGAAGACACCCUAUAAAAAAGGAGAACCCUGUGGUGAUUGUCCUCAUGCUUGUGAAAAUGGAUUAUGCACCAAGCUUUGAAAGUUUGAAGAUAUUUAUUCCAACUGUCUUUACAAAUGCUCCUGGAUUUGCCCAUAGCUUCAUCAAGUUCACUGCCCUGCAUCCUGACAAUACAAAACUGAAAUAAAAUAACAGGCUCAACUUUCCCCUUCCUGGACAUACAUCUCCUUAGUGCUUCCUUCCAUAAAAACAGAUUUCACUCUGCCUCUCCUACAUAUGCAGGAGGACUCACUUCAGUCCAGUAAUUCAGAUGACAAAAAGCUGUAGGAGGGUGUAUAUAUUCUAUUCGUAUAAUCAUCUAGAACAUAGUGGAGAUCUUAACUGAAAUUUGGGAUUUGGGUACUAGAUAUAGUUAAUGGUUUGUUUCUUAUACCUUCCUUUUCCCAAAAUGUUAUCUAAGAAGCAUUGUUAAAAGUUCUGUGGUUCCAUAUGUUUCAUAUGUUCUUAGUAUAGAUGGAUGGUCUUUGGUCAUGGAAUUAUUCUUAACUUGACCAACAUUCAUGUUAUUGUAUUGUUAAAAGAAUGAGAAGAUAAACAAGAUUAUCUGAUAUAUGUACUUCUCAAAAGGAAUUAGGAGAGCAGCACAGUUUGCAAUAGAACUAUUCUGGUUUAGAAUCUGCAUCUUUUGCUGACACAUGUUCUAUUGUAAAGUGCAAAUUUGUAUUUAAAGGUUAAAAAAAAAAAAAAAAGCUUAUUUCAUUUAAAUUAGUGAUUCUGCUUAUACUAUAAGGUUACACUUAGCAUACUUACAGGUAACUAAACGUGUCCUCUAAUGGAAAAGGACUGUAUGAGAAAAGGGCUUAAUUCACAAGGAUAGAUAGCCAAGGGGAAUGGUCACUGCAUUUGGAAACUUUGCUUUUAAUAACAAAUUAUUUCUUUAAUAUCUGUUUUUGUUGUAUCUGUCAUUAAAUUACUUACUCUUCAUGAGCCAA